AACCAGAAGCGACGCCGCUUCACAAGACUUGAAAGGAAAACAUUGGUGGAGUUUUGUCCAUCUCAGGCCACCUUUAUGUUCUUUCUACUAUCAACAGUUUAAAGACAGCACAGAUAACAAAUCUGUUUUCAGCGGGGACAUGGCAGUGUACUUUGAUCAUAGAAUCGAGGCUCCGGAGCCGAACGGUCCUCCGUGUCAAAUUGCAUGGCACUCCACACAUCCUGUGUUAGCAGUGGCCUCAGCCAGUCCCACAGCUGGUGGCUGCGUUGAUCUUUACCUCCAACAGGGAGAGCAUGUGGCCAGCUGUCACGUGGAGCGCUCCUUCCAGCCGACGGUGCUGCGCUGGCACCCCAGCCGGUCGAUGCUGGCCGUCGGCUGGGAGACGGGGGAGGUGCUGCUGCUGACUCACCCCAGCGGAGAGCAGAGCGCUCUCCCGGCCACUCACAGUGAGCCCGUCACCCUGCUGGACUGGAGCAGCACCGGGAGCCGCCUCGUCACAGGAGACCAGAUGGGUGUUCUGGCGCUGUGGAAACUGGAUCCCCGCGGGAGGGUACAGGGCUCCUGCAUCGUCAAACACGAGUACGGCAAAGCCUUAACCUACUCUGUGUUUCGACCCUUGCCCCCGGGAGAGGACAUGAUCCAGCUGGCGCGGGCGGCGGUGAGCGGAGACGAGAGCGCUCUGGACAUGUUCAACUGGAGGAAGACGGGGAAGGGGGCCUCGCUGAAGCUGGGCUCCCUGGAAGCACUGACUUUCUUUGUCAGCACUGCUGAUGGAUAUGUACACUGUGUGGAUGAGAAGGGCAAGAGCAGCCCUCUCCUGACUGUGGACGGCUCCGUGCAGAAGCUGCUGUUCCUGGAGAAACGUGAUGUGCUGGCUGUGAUCACAGAAACCCUGAUGCUGUCGCAGUACCGCCUGGGGCCUGAGGGGGGAGCCCAGGAGCUCAUAAAGGUGAAGCUGAGUGGGAAGAGCGGGCAGAUGGCGAACAUCGCCUGGGCAGAUCACGGCCUGCUCAUCACUGCCACAGGGGAACAGGUCAUCAGACUAUGGGACCUCGAGAGGGAUGAAAACUACGCGCUGUCCCUGGAUGAGGGCCUGGGCUUUGAAAAGGCAGAGACGCUCAACUGCGUGUCAUACUGUGCAGCUAAAGACAUCAUUGCAGCAGGAACAGGGAGGGGUCGCAUUGCCAUGUGGCAGAGGGUGUCUUCAGUGAGCCAUGGAGAAGAGGUCCAUGGCCAGUGGAAGCUACAAACACCGACUGAGUUUGAAGGGAACAUCACCCAGCUGCAGUGGGGCUCCAGCCUGAACCUGCUGGCGGCCAACGGGGUGAGCACCGUGCUGAUCCUCUGCGAGCACGUUAUGUCCGCCCACUUCAGCCAGCAGGUGGCGGCGGUGCAGCUUGCUCCCAGCCAGCUCAGUCUGUACAGCUUCAGCUCCGGGAGCCAGCUCAGCCUGCGCUCCGACACGCACGUCAAGGGCGUCUGCGUCGCCAAGGACACAGUGGCCGUGUGGAACGGGAAACAGGUGACCGUUUACGAAAUGUCGGGGACGACCCUGCACAGCACGGGCUCUUUCCCCUGUGAAUCCCAAGCCCUCGCCAUGUACGAGGAGAAUAUCUACACUGUAGAGCCCAACAGGGUGCAGGUCCGCACCCUGCAGGGCACAGUUAAACAGCUCCUGGUGUUCUCUGAAGUGGAGGGGAACCCGGUUCUGUUGAAUGUAUGCGGCACCUUCCUGGCAGUGGGCACCGACACCGCACACUUCAAACUCUUUGACUUAUCCCGCAGAGAGGCCAAGCCGCACUGCAGUGCUAAAAACCUGAGUGAGAUAACCUCAAAUGUGGGAGCUCUACUGUCAGUCAAGUGUAAUGCCAACGGCAGUCACGUCAGCGUUCUCCUUGCUCAGGUCAGUGGAAGGCCUGACCACAAGGUCUACUUCUAUGAUGUGGAGAUGGACACAGUAUCGCACUUUGACUUCUUCACCGGUCGACCGCCCAGUGGAGUAUCGCAAACAGAAGACCCGGAGAGUGGCCAGUCCCAGAAUGCCGAGCUGCGUGGCCGCUGCCCCGUCUCCCAGUUCUGGGACGAGAGCGAGCCGCGGCUGUUCGCCUGCGAGACGGUGCGGACGGCGGACCCGCGGUGCUCGUCCCUGCCUGACGGCCUGGGAGAGAUGGAAGUGCUGGUGGUGUCCUUCUUCUGCACCCAGGAGCACGGGCUGCUGCUGCAGGACUCCUACCUGAAACCAGCUGGGGUGCAGGCCCUGCUGGCGCUCGACGUGCCUUUUUAUUACUUCUCCUGUAAGCCUGGAGAAGGAGAAGCGGAGGCGGAGGAGCCCCCUGGGUCAGCCCCGACCCCGGCCCCAGUCCCACAGUCCUCUGCUCCUCCCAUGGUGUCUCGCCGGGCGUUCCGAGACUUCGUGGGCCUGGAGGAGUGUGACAAGCCCACUCGUGACGCCAUGCUCAACUUCAGCUUCUACCUGACCAUCGGCGACAUGGACGAGGCCUUCAAGUCCAUCAAGCUCAUAAAGAGCGAGGCGGUGUGGGAGAACAUGGCACGGAUGUGCGUGAAGAACCGGAGGCUGGACGUGGCGCGGGUCUGCCUGGGGAACAUGGGCCACGCCCGGGGGGCCCGGGCCUUGCGGGAGGCUGAGGCAGAGCCUGAGCUGGAGGCCAGGGUGGCAGUGCUGGCCACACAGCUGGGCAUGCUGGAGGAUGCAGAGAGACUGUACAAGAGCUGCCAGCGCUACGACCUCCUCAACAAGUUGUACCAGGCUGCCGGCCAGUGGCAGCGCGCCGUGGAGACCGCAGAGACCCAUGACCGGGUCCACCUACGCACCACCUACUACAGCUACGCCAAGCACCUGGAGGCCAUGGGCGACCGCAACAUGGCCCUUGUGUACUACGAGAAGUCCGACACCUACAGGUUUGAGGUUCCCAGGAUGCUCUUGGAGGACGUGCUGUCUCUGGAAAUCUACGUCAACAAAAUGAAGGACAAGAGCCUGUUUAAGUGGUGGGCUCAGUACCUGGAGAGCCAGUCAGACAUGGAGUCGGCGCUGCGCUACUACGAGUACGCACAGGACUUCCUGUCCCUGGUGCGGGUGCACUGCUACCUGGGAAACAUACAGAAGGCGGCGGAGAUCGCCAACGAGACGGGGAACCGAGCCGCCUCAUACCACCUGGCACGGCAGUACGAGAGCCAGGAGGAGAUCAAGCAGUCGGUGCACUUCUACACACGAGCCCAGGCCUACAACAACGCCAUUCGCCUCUGCAAGGAGAACGGCCUGGAUGACCAGCUGAUGAACCUGGCCCUGCUCAGCAACCCAGAGGACAUGAUGGAGGCCGCUUGCUACUAUGAGGAAAAGGGCAAUCACAUGGACCGGGCUGUCAUGCUUUACCACAAGGCGGGCCACUUCUCCAAGGCCCUGGAGCUGGCCUUCUCCACACAGCAGUUCGGAGCACUGCAGCUGAUCGCCGAGGACCUGGAUGAGAAAUCCGACCCAGCCCUGCUCGCUCGCUGCUCCGACUUCUUCAUCAAGCACUCCCAGUACCAGAAGGCAGUGGAAAUGCUGGUGGCAGCCAAGAAGUACCAUGAGGCCCUCCAGCUCUGCCUGGACCAGAGCCUGACCAUCACCGAGGAGCUGGCGGAGAGCAUGACGGUGUCGCGGGACUCCAAGGACCUGCCUGAGGAGGCCCGCAAAGAGCUGCUGGAGAAGAUCGCCGACUGCUGCAUGCGACAGGGAAACUACCACCUAGCCACCAAGAAGUACACACAGGCUGGCAACAAGCUCAAGGCUAUGCGGGCGCUGCUGAAGUCUGGAGACACGGAGAAGAUUGUGUUUUUUGCAGGGGUUUCCCGCCAGAAAGAGAUCUACAUCAUGGCUGCUAACUACCUGCAGUCCCUUGACUGGCGCAAGGACCCUGAGAUCAUGAAGAACAUCAUCGGUUUCUAUACCAAAGGGAGAGCCCUUGACCUCCUUGCCGGCUUCUAUGAGGCUUGCGCCCAGGUGGAGAUUGAUGACUACCAGAACUAUGAGAAGGCACUGGGGGCGAUGACAGAGGCCUACAAGUGCCUGGCCAAAGCCAAAAUGCGCAGUACAGAGGAGCAGGAGGGCAGGCUGGCUGACCUGCAGCACAGGAUCACUCUGGUGAAGAGGUUCGUCCAGGCCCGCAGGGUAUAUGAGGAGGACCCAGGGGAGGCUGUACGCUUGUGUGACACGCUGCUAGAAGAAGCAGAUCUGGACCCUGCUGUCCGUAUCGGAGACGCUUACGGCUUCCUGGUGGAGCACCACUGUCAACAGGGCAGCUACCAGGUGGCCCACCGUAAGCUGGAGGAGAUGCUGAAGCGGCUGCCCUCCGUCAACGUGAGCUACUACGUGAGCCAGCGCAGCCUGGAGGCGCUGCAGCUAGCCGUGGGCGUGCCCCUGGGGGGGGUCCGGGGGGCGCCGCUGGGCCGCAGCACCCGCAGGGACAGCGGAGGGGAGGAGGACGAGGUGGAAGAGGAGGAAGUUCUAGAAGCCCAUCAGGGGGACUGAGCCUCCUCACCCUCUCCUCUUCCUCCUCGCCCGGCCUGAGCUGGGGAAACCUCCACAGGGUAACUGGUACGUGCUGCACAGGGGCCCCUGCCUUACCAAGGUGCCAUCUAUGAUGUGGAGGUCCUCUUUCUUCCAGACGUGUGAACGAUCCCACAGCCACCCUUGGGAUAGAGAGAGAGACAACGUGAGCACCACCACACAAUGUGUGGAACAGGACCCAGAACAGUACACCGCUUGACUGGGAACAUUAUGCUCCCAGUCUAUCAACAGAAAUACACAGGAGCACCGAACGCCUGUUUUCUUCCAGCCAGCCUACCAUUAUCUUGCUUUAAUAUUCAGCUCUCUCUGAAGAUAUCUUCACUGUUCCCAUGCCUUGUCUCAAUCUCAUGCCUCAGUCGUCUGCUAAUGAGACUUGCUCUGGGUUUAGAACAUCUAAAUAUUUAUAUUACUAUGCAUAUACUAUACCUAUACUUUCCUUGUAGAAGAUAUUGCUUUGGAUUUCUCAAAUAUAAAUCACCCUUGUCCUUAUGAAACUAAACAGACUGAAAAAGGGAAAUAAUUGACAACUUAAUGAUUUUCAACUUAAGAUACAUUUAAAGGGAAACUUCUGGAAAUAAUUAUGAACUUAAAAUACAGAGAAUGCUAAAGUAAUUUGGUUCCAUUUUCACAUUGCUUUCUUUUUUAUUUUGUGUUUAAAAAGUUGGAGGCCUUUGUUUAUUAAGUGAAUGGCGAUGCACUGUGGGAUUGCUGGCUUUUGCUCAAAACUGUCCGUUUUUGAAGGGGCAGUCUCAUUUUCCAGGGAUGUCAGCAAUCCAGGAGAACCAGCACUCCCAUCAUGCACUGCUCCCUUGAACUCACAAAGGUUGGAGACUUUUUGAAAAUAAGUUUUAAAAAAAUGUAAGUAAGCCAUUUUAAAACAGGAGAUCAAACCAUGAAUUCUUAAUGCAUGUUUUUUCCCUUUAAAUUUUUGAUGUCUGCCUGAGCAUUUUUACCGUUCUCAUACCAGUCUGCUGUUUGCCUUUCCAGAGUGGCUCUAAUGAAUGAAUCCUUAAUUAAUCUUGCCCAGGUAUUGAUCUGUCUUUUUUGGGAGGCACUUGUAUUGGAGGUGACUAAGUAUAAGAUAUCAGGAGCCAAAGUUGCUCCCAAGCAUGUACUGGGUCUUCUCCUUCUCCAAAUGAUCUCAGGGAAUCUGCAAAGGUCUGUAUGCCAAGGUCCUGCCCCUUCUGAAAAUCAUUGCUGAUGCAGAAGACACCUUGAUAGUUAAUUCGCCACACCUGAACUAUGUACACAUGAUUAUAAAAAGUACAUACAACGUAGAUUCGUUCACAUAAGAAUUUCAAAUUGUAAUGUGUGCAUAGUGUGUUCAUACAUCAUUUUAUACAUGUGCAGCAAUGUGUCUGCAUUCUGGAAAUGUAGAUAUUUUUAAAAUACAUUCUGUACAGUAUUCAAUUUUUUCAAUAAAGUUUUUCUUCUGUUCCUUUGUA